GAGGAACAACGACAGACUGCGCAACCAAGGCAGUCACGGUGGUGUAUCGCUCACCAAUCCGUCCUCUCCUCUCCUCCUCCAUCAGCCGCGCCUGAUUGGACCACUGCUGUGCACCUCUCCCACCACCCGCAGAACAACCUCCCGCUGGGGAACGCGACACAGCUAUGAAGUCCCACGCGUUGCUCGCCCUGGUGCUGUGCCUGUUCGCCGCCUUUGCUGCCGCCUGGACCAAGGAGGACCACGAGAUCUUCCGCCUGCGCGACGAGGUAGCCACGGCCGAAGGAGCAAAUGUCACCUUCUACGACAUGCUGGGCGUCAAGCCGUCGGCCUCGCAAGACGAGCUGACCAAAGCGUACCGCACAAAGUCGCGCGAGUUCCACCCCGACAAGGCCCGCAAGGUCUUCCUCAAGAACUAUGCCAAGACCAGCAAGAAGGGCAGCACGCAACCCUCGAAGAAGGAGACUGAUGCCCACAUGAAGAAAGUCACUGCCAGCUACCAGCGUCUCUCCGUCGUCGCAAACAUCCUCAAGGGCGCAGAGCGCGAGCGCUACGACCAUUUCCUGAGGAACGGCUUCCCGGCAUGGAGGGGCUCAGGAUACUACUACGCCCGCUUCCGCCCUGGACUCGGCUCUGUCGUGCUCGGCCUGCUCGUCGGCCUUGGUGGAGGAAUGCACUACUUCGCUCUGCUGAUGGGCUGGAAGCGCCGCCGCGAGUUCGUCGAGCGAUACAUCCGCCACGCUCGCAAGACGGCAUGGGGCGACGAGACGGCCAUUGAGGGUCUCCGCUGGCAGGGGUUCUACGAGGCUCCUGCACCGGCUCCUCAGGAAGAAGAAUCCACCCCGGAAGAGCCCGUCCCCAAGAACCGCCGCGAGAAACGCGCCAUGGACAAGAUGGACAAGAAGGACAAGACCAAGAAGGCGGCCGCAAAGGUCGCGCGUGCCAAUGGCAUCAGCGCGCCCGUCGAGGCAGAACUCACGUCCGGCCCCCAGGGCGCGAAGAAGCGCAUCGUGGCCCAGAACGGCAAGACGCUGAUCGUAGACUCGGUUGGUAACGUGUUCCUUGAGGAAGAAACCGCGGAGGGCCAGAAGGGCGAGUUUCUGCUCGACCCCGACGAGGAGCCCAAGCCCACCAUCUUCGACACGCUUCUUUUCAAGAUCCCCAAGUUCGCCUACAAUCAGUCCGUCGGCCGCGUCCUCGGCAACAAAGAUCUCGUCGAAGAGCCGCUCCUCGAGUCGUCCGACCUGCCCGAGGAUGAAGCUGCUAUCCAGUCUGCUACGAGCCAGAACCUCAACGGCGAGGCGAGGAAGCGCAAGGCUCUGCCCAAGAGCGUGAGGUAGUUUGUCUUGAGACUUUGGCAUGUACGAGAUGGGAUGAAGUGGUGCAAUCGAUGACCAUGGUGGAAGGCGUUGUACGUAAAGGUACAUUAGGUGUAUGAUAGAUUCAUUCAAAAAGUCAAGUUUCAAUAGCGUUAAGCUGUGUUUGUAUCUGCAGCGUGGUGUUUUCUCUAAGGGUUUGCGUGUGAAUUGCAGAGGAGGCGUGUUGCGCUGGACACACUUGUGCUGUCGUCUUGUCUUGUAGAAACUCUGUGAGAAGAAGGUCGAACAUCAACACGUGUGAACAACACUGCGUUGCAUGAUCUUAGUCCAGAUUGUUCCCAUAAACGCAUAACUGGUAGAUAACUACCGAAUUG